GGGACUCUUCGUCCCGUUCUCCACUUUCAGUGGCAAGUCCGAAGAGGCAGUCACAACGCGACUGCUCGAAGAGUCGGGCCGCCUGUCGAAAGGUGGACUACGCACGCCGUGUGUCGCGCAGGCCGCGCACGCACGAGUGUUAACGCACGGAUCACGCGCGCACGGGCUCACGCGUACGAGAGUUCCACGCGACGAGAGUUCGCAAAUGCUAACUCUAUUUACCGAGAAGGAGGCCCCCCCUGCUCGGCAGCGGGUCGCCUUUGAGCCACGGAUCGUUGGCGCGCGCUUUUUCGCCUAAAGUCCGCGCGGUUAUAAAGCGACGGUGCAGCAAAGCGCGCGCGCGCGCGCGCUCGCGUCUGCACGUGUGAUAUAGCGAGAGAAAAAACGUUUCAUCCAUGUAUGAGUUUUACCUUGUUCGUAUACCGAGGUCGUACGAUGAGAACCAGGAAAGAACAACGUUACGGUCCAUCUGACAGCUUCGAACGAUCCUUAUGUUUUCGAUCGUAUUGCUUCUCUUCUCCGCCUUGGCAUCCUCUUCCCAUCGAUCCGAUAUCCUUUCAUUCUUCUUACCGUUCACACUUAUUUCUAGUUCUUACUCGUUAUCCCUUUCCACAUCGACGCGUAUUACCAAGAUCGAUAACGCGUUAAACGCGAACGUCGCCGGUAUCGAUCAAUCGGAUUUCUUCGUUUAGUGCAUUGUGUGUAGUUGGAAGAAAAGGAUAAAGGAAGAAAAAAAGAAUAAGAGGAAAAAUAUAUACGGUGUGCGUCGAAAGAAACAACGGGAAAGGAAAGGAAAGCGAAACGAAGCGAAGCGAAGCGAAGAAGUGGGGGACGGGGAACGCAUCCCUCUGAACCGGAAAUAAAUUUAGAGUUGUGCGGGGUGACAUCGAAGAAUCAGCUGAUCGUUUCGGGCGCCGCGCGGUACCCAUCUUCCCAGCCUGCCCUCCACUCUCUCUCUCUCUCUCUCUCUCUCUCUCUCUCUCUCUCUCUCUCUAUCUCUCUCUCUCUCUAUCUAUCUAUCUAUCUAUCCAUCUAUCUAUCUAUCUCUUGGGCGCGCGCUCGCUCGCUCACUCGCUCACCAUCUCGCUCCCCUCUUUCCAUCCCUAGUCGCGCGUUCUCUCUCUCUCUCUCUCUCUCUCUCGCUCUCUCGUUUUCUCUGUUCCACCUGCACCCCCUGUACUAUAUCCCGAGAGAAAGCACGAGGAGAAAAGACGAACCACGCGGGUGGCCCACCGCGACGCUUUUGGUUUUCCCGCCAACGUGUCUCCCGAUAAUCUUGAUCAGUGUUUGAUAAUACGAUUGACAAACAAACGCGAGUUACGCCGAAAGAAGAGGUAAAGGAGUGCAAAAUGAUUUUCGGUGGAAAAAAUUCAUGGAGAGGAAGAAUCGAUAGUUCGUUCGAGAAUUGUUUCGAUCUUUAUGUGUUUACGCGUGUGUUUACAUCGAAUGCGAUAUGAUCCACGGAGUCACGCGCGAAGAAGAUCGAUCGGUGAUCUCUCGUUCUCUCUUCGUCUCUCUGCCUCGUACCUCUCUCUCUCUCUCUCUCUCUCUCUCUCUCUCUCCCCCUCUCACUGGUUCAAAUCGCGUACCAUCGGCCCUAACAUACGACACACGAUCGUUCGUCGAAUCACGCGGCAGUGCCUUAGAUCGUUUCUAUUAUCCUAGUCGAGGCGAUCGACAUUUCUUUCUCUUCUCCGAACAUCUUUGAGUUUGACCGCGAGAAAACAGACGUAAAGUACAAUAGAAUUUCGUUCGAAUGCAUUCGUAAGUCCGUAAGAGCGGAUUGUCCAGCUCGUGCCGCAACAACGUAGGAAAAAUCCUUCGAAUAUGGAAACUGUUAGAUCGAGAGGACAACAGAGGACGUUUGUGGGAAUUCAACGAUUACAGAAGAUAAAAUGCAAUUAAUAAUCCCAUAAGGAUUCGCAGUUAAACGUCGUUAAACGCGAACAGUGUCGAAAAGCAGUGUUCUUCCUUUGCGUAAAAAGAAAAAAACAACAAAAAAGCAAGUGUCUGUGGUAUCGUGUCGAAAUUGGAAAAGGAGUAAUCGGUUCGACUAAUGGUCGUUUAAACGGUUCCGUUAAGCAGACUUUGAAAAUUGAUUUGUUAAUCUGUCUACGGAGAAGAGCGUCUCCCGCGAUGAUCGGACCGGUAUACUUUUGUACGUUUUUUCUUUCUUUUUUUUUUUUUUUUUCUUGUGAAGAAAUCCAAUUGGAAAUAUCGAUCGUUUCUUUCGCGACGAAAGUCACAAUUUUAGGAAAAAAUUAAAACUAUCUAAAAAUCCGUCGAUACGGAAAGGUUUUUAACGCGUAAAGUACGAUAAAGAACGUUCGAAGAAACUCGCCAAACGAGAAAUCCACUGUACACUACUAAUCGACGAUACAUAUUUCUUUUAACGUCGAUCAAUUAUAGCUUUUACAUUGUCUCUCUAUGUUAUUUUUAAUUUUCUUGCCUCCUCGAUACCUCGCGUUAGAAGAAGCGCGUGUAUAUAAACAUGCCUAUAGAAAUACAUUGAUCGCAUUGAUUCUAUCACGCGUAUUUAUAUUUAUUCGUUCAUCCUGACAUAGGCGGAAAGAUCUUUCGCUGUUGUCCUUUGGAAGUUGUUUGAAAAAAUAAAGAAAAAAAAAAACAAAGUUAAAGGAACACCCACUUUCCCACGUAGAAGCGUUUACGCAUAUUGAAACGUUUCGUUAUCGCGAUUCCUAUUCGACGCGGUCCUCGUAAUAUCAAACUUCUUAUCAGAUGCGUCGCACGAAUCGCGAUAUCCUCUCUCGUUCACGAUCGCAGAUAAAGCAUGACGAUUCGUUGACGACGACUUUUCUAUUCGUACGCGUACUCUUGCGGCACGAGAUUUUAGGUAAAACAUUUAACAGUUUAUCGAAAUAUUAGAAAGCGUAAAUAUAUUAAGACCCGUAUGCUCGACGGUGUAACGCUUUUUCUCCCAUUUUCUUUCAUUUACUUCUUCUUCUUCUUCUUCUUCUUCUUCUUCUUCUUCUUCUUCUUCUUCUUCCUUUUCACUUUCGUCGUGCGCUACCCGACUACCUGAGAAUAUCCGAGAUUAAUGCGGCAAGAAUCGCAAGAAUAGUCGAAACGAAGAUACGUAUAAUUAUACUUGCCGGAGUCGGUGGCAGAACGUACCGCUAAACGCAGAAGGAGGAAGUAAAGAAGAAAACAAAUACGGGGUGCUCGUUUACGUGUAGUUCGCGGCCGCGGGGCGUACGUGGGUGCAUGGAAGAAGGAAACGAUCCUGUCAUCGGAAGGAACGAAGGAGAACGAGGCGGCGGGCCAGGGUGGCUCCGCUAACGGCAGGGAGGCCGUUGAGAAAAUGUCGAGCACCGCGGCGAGUCCCGAUGGGAUGGCUUUGCAGUCGCACUAUUCCCUUCGAUGGAAUAAUCAUCAAAAUCACAUAUUACAGUCCUUCGAGGCGCUUUUGCACGCGGAGAUACUCGUCGACGUGACGCUGGUUUGCGCCGAAACUAGUCUCAGGGCGCACAAGGUCGUUCUCAGUGCUUGCAGCCCCUUCUUCGAGAGAAUAUUUGCGGAACAUCCGUGCAAGCAUCCGGUGAUCGUACUGAAGGAUUUCCCCGGUCACGAAGUCGCGGCAUUAAUCGACUUUAUGUAUCGCGGGGAAGUGCGAGUCGGUCGAGAAGAAUUGGCAGGACUGAUGAGAGCGGCCGAGAGUCUGCAGGUCCGGGGACUGGCUUCGUCGGAACCGAGGCCGGCAUCACCGCCGGACACACCAGUGGCCGAUCUUCUUCUCGGCGAGCCAUCCACGCCCGAGGAAACUAGGCAGGAUACUCAGGAGGACGACGAUAAUGCGUCGGAGAUCGCAGCAGCAGCAGCCGCGGCAGCGGCCGCGACAGCGGCGGCGGCUGCGGCGGCGGCAGCACGGGCAUCGAUCAGAGAAACGAUCACGACGCCUAUAAGAACGAUCUUCCAUUCUUCGAGGGACCAUCGCGAUAGAUUACCGCACAUGGCUCAUCUGAGCUUUGGCAUACGGGAGCUAAGGGAAGCCUGCAGUUCCCCUCUUAUGCCGCGUCGGAAACAGGCAAGACCACGCCGAAGAUCCGGGGAAUUGGUACCGCAAGACUUGAGCAGGCCGCAUCCACCGCCGAGUCUGAGCCCACCGUUUUCCUCUUUGAAUCUGACCAAUAAUCAGCAACAGAGUCAACACCAUCCACAGGCAUCGUCGAAUGCUACGAAUCAGCUGCAGCAGCACCAGCACCAGCAGCAACAACAACAACAGGAGGAAAUGGCUGAGAAUUUGUCGAUAAAGAGAACAGUCUCGCCGAUAGCCCAAGAGCAGCAGCAGCAGCAGCAGCAACAGCAACAACAACAACAACAACAACAACAACAACAACAUCACAGCCAGCAGCUGCAUCAAGUGAAGACAGAAAGUAGCGAGGCAGCGAGUAGUCCGCGAGGGUCUCCCCUUACCGGUACGAGUCUUCUCCAUCUCGAUGGUUCACCCCAAGACAUCCCAUCGGCGGCAGCCGCUGCCGUUGUCAGUAUACCUGGUAUGUCGGCGUUGUCGUUGACACCGCCGCAUCAUCACAGCGAGUAUCUGACGAGUUUGGGUCAAUUGGCGGCCCAGUGGCUUCCUCAGAAUCACCCGCAAAGUCAGCUGCCACCGCCGCCAACGCAAACUCAUCAUUCGCGGGACGACAGUCCUCUUGGUUCCGCUAGAAACACGCACGCCUAUCAACAACAACAGCAGCAGCAGCAACAGCAACAACAACAACAAGAAUCAUCGCUGACGUCUAGACGUGGCUCGAUCGCGGCGAUGUUUCCCCUCGACAGCGUUGCGUCUUUGAGCGGUGGACUCUUUCCUCACGGUACCGCCAUCGAUAGGGGAUCCCUCUUAGCGGAUCUCCACGAAAGUUUUAAACCGGAACAGUUACACGGAUUGUUCGGACCGGCCACCUUGACGACUCAUCCUUCCGGUAAGAAGAAAAAGCAUAGAACCGACGGCGACGCACCGAGAAGAUGGUCGGAUCAAGGAGGACGUGGUCUGCCGGUUGGAAGACCAAAGGGUCAACACAGCGCACCCCGGGGCGGCCCACCGAGAUCUUGGACUAAUGCCGAACUUACCGAAGCGCUACAACACGUUUGGAACAAGAAGAUGACGACGUCUCAGGCAAGCCGAAUAUUCGGCAUACCAUACAACAGUUUGUUGAUGUACGUGCGCGGUAAAUACGGAAAGAGCUUGAAGUUGGAGCAAUUGAGAAGAGAUUGCACCGGCGCUACGACCGGCGACGUAGUCAUGAAUUCUUUAAACAACAAUGUCAAAGCCGUUCAACAACCACCGGCGCAGCUGAGCCAUCCUCUCGCCGGUCUUCCACCCCAUCCGGCCGACGACAGUGGCUUUCCUCAUCACUCGCUCCUCGUCGCGUCGCUUUGUGCGUCUUAUUGCACCGGAUGCGCCUUUUGCGAGAAAUUCUUUCAACCACAGCAACAGCAACAGCAGCAGCAGCAGCAGCAGCAGCAGCAGCAGCAGCAGGAGCAGGAGCAGGAACAAGAGGAGCAGUUCUACCAGACUCGCAGAACAGUAGGCAGUCCGAGACCCUUUGGCGCCGAGAGACCGACGCGCGCGCAAGAAUUCAACAGGACCGGCGUGUUGCACCCCGAGUACCAGAUACCUGCUACCCUUCGACCGGGCAAUGUGUCGCAGUUUUAUUAUCUGAACCCGCGAGAAGGUCCACCUCUCACCUUGCUCGUCAGUCCCUGCAGCGGUCCGAUAUCAUGGACGGUCAGUUACGUGGAGCCACCUGAAAAUGAUCGAGAACUGGAAGGAGCAAAAUAUCAGUCUCGAUGGCCGGUGAAGACACUAAAACCAGGAUCGCCUUUGUUUACGUACGAAGGAGCAGAGGAUCAGAACUUUACGAUAGCGCGAACGCGCGCUGGUUUAUAUUGGUUCGAAAUCAAAUCAUUGCGGGGUAAGAAAAUCGAAAAAUCAGAUCCGAGCACCGUACUCUUGUACGCAACGUCCAACGCCUUGAAUCAUCUGUCAGGAUUUUAUGCGAAUGAAAAGGAGAAUCGUCAGCGUUCCUUAAGAUUUCAACAGAGAAGAAGCAAACGUCGGCUAACCAUAUCUUGGAACAAAAGCCACGUAGAUCCGCACCUAUCCAACUAUUGUUUGGCCGUUACGUCGGGAACUCAAGCACAUCCUUCGACGCUUUGCGCCGCGCAAAACUUUCUCAUCGUUCAUUCGUAUACCGGCAAGGGAAGUUCCUCGAGCAACAGAGAGCAUCAAUAUCGGGGUGUCCCGGAAGGGGUUCAUUGCGUACGACAGACCAAGUUGACUCUUCACAGAAUGAAGUUCGACACUACGUACAACUUUACUCUAUAUGUGGUUAACAUGCGUAACAACGUUUCGAAUAAACUCGCCACCGAUGCCAUACGAUUUCGAAAAACGCCGGAGUUGAUGUUACAUACGGGACGUUACGCCACGGUGAGUUUGAGAAAAACCGAUGGUUUCGUCAAUUUCCGUUAUCGCCCAGCGGAAAACGCAUCGAGUGUCUUCCACAUUCUUCCUUGCGGCGGUGGAAUAGUCAAGGCCAAACUAAGUGCUCCAGGAAUACUGCGGGAAAAAGAAGUGGUGGGAUAUGCGUCUCUGCGAGUACCUCUACUGCCCACGGGGAAAGCUUAUAUUCUACGGAUAUCGGCUACACCGCAGGAAUUAGCGAGAGUCUCGGCAAUCAAAGUACUCGUUACGCAGGAAUCUUCGACGAUUUAUCCGCAGGUACCGUCGAGAAGUACGCCGCGCGAGUAUCGCUCAUUGAGAAGUUGCGACGAGGUGACAAUAGGUGUAGAGCCUGCCGGUGCCGCGAAAUAUUGCAUUCUCGUGAGAGAAUUGAAAGAUUCUACGUCAUUGGCCAGCUUUACUAGCGUACCCGAUCAGUGCGGUCUCCAUCGUCGUCGUCGAUCCGAGUAUACGUUCGAGGUCUGCGAAGAAAGAGGGAGCACGCCGAAAGACAGAGCCCUUCCGUUUACCCUCAAAAGAUUGCAACCCGGGAAGGCAUAUCUUUUGCAAAUCACGGCCCAGCUCAAAGGUCGAUCCUUGUCGUAUCCUCUGUUAGGGGUACGCACGAAACGUACCUGUCUGCGUCCAUGACAAUUCUAAUAGUCGUCUAC